AGCCUGGGCAACAUAGGGAGACUCUCUCUAAAAAAAAACAAUCAGUCCCAAUGAUGGCAUUCCCCGCCUCAGGGAAUGCCAGCGCCCACUUCUUCUGCCACCCCUCCCCCAUGGGUCCCGUUAACGGAUACAGGGAGGAAGGCAUUUCCUGCCUAGAUGUCUCCGCCCCCACUGCCAUGGAGACCAGCUUGGAAGCUUAGGGGAGCUGCUGUGGCCCAGGGCUCAGUGGGGAGGAAUAGUAGGCCAGGAGUCUUGGACUAGCUGCAGGGUUUGAACUAGGCUGAAGCAGCAGAACCACAGAGGUGGCUGAGCAGGGGUCUGGCCCUGGGGCCACCCAGCCACACUCACACACCCACUUCUCCCUCCAGAGCCCCGCCCUGAAGCAGGUCUCUGCUCCAGGCCUUUCCUUAGUUGGGGAAUCGAGAGUUGGGGGAUCAAAGUCCCCCACAUCUCCCUUUCCCGCUGCAGCUAUGUUUAUCAAGGUGAUGUUUGGGGCCGGCUGCUCCGUGCUGGUGAACACCUCUUGCAGGCUGGUGAACCUCACCGCCCACCUGAGGCAGAAAGCAGGGUUGCCCCCAGAUGCGACCAUUGCUCUCCUGGCUGAGGACGGCAACCUAGUGAGCCUGGAGGAGGACCUGAAGGAAGGGGCUGCAUGGACCCAAACCAUGGGCGACUCCCUGCUGAAGGAGCGAGCCAUAUAUGUCCUCGUUCGAACCAUCAGUAAGAGGGAGAGGACAUGGUCCCCACCCGCUAUGAGUCCCUACUGGAGAACCUGGAUGACCAUUACCCAGAGCUGGCAGGUGAGUGUCAGGGUACAGCCCAGGGGGAGGGCACACCUUCUCCCUAGCCCCUACCAGCAGGACUUCCCGGGCCUUCCAGAGGAACUGCGCAGGCUGUCAGGCCUCUCCUCUGCGGGCCACAACUGGAGGAAGCGCAUGGGCACCCGGCGUGGCCGCCAUGAGCAAAGCCCCACUUCAAGGCCCAGAAAGGCUUCACAGAUGUGGCAUAGGGGCUGGCACACAGUAGCAGCUCAGUGCACAACUGCUGGACGAACUCAACGAAGGCGGCAGCAUGGUGUGUGAUGGCACGGCCCACACUGGGUUCGAAGGGCUUGUUAUUCCAUUCUGGCAGGCCCGGGGACCUGGCACACUACUGCCAACUAGCCAAAUUGGACUCAGACCUAAGGGGGUUAGCCAUGACCUCUGCCUUGUGUGAUCAGGUGCAAACAGACAGCAACCCAGCACGACUCCUCUUGCAGAAUCUGGAAUUGCUGAGAAGUUGCAUCAGCAAGAGGGGCAAGGUCAGACAGGAUUUAAGGCUGCUGGGGGCACCUAAGCUGUGGGUGCAGAGAAUGGGAUGCGGAGGCAGAGACAAGAAGGGUAGAGGUGGCAGGUAUCCCUGAGAAGGGGGAGAACCAUGAGUUCAUCCUGGCAUUCCACCCUCAGAGUCAGAUGCCCUUGGGAUCACCUACUAAUGCCUCUCCACCACACUCUAGACUGCCCAAGGUAUCUGUCCUGUGCUAACCACAGUGCAGAUUGCAACAGGGCUCCUCCUCCCCACCCAGGGCCCUGAUUAAGGUGACGGAUUGCACACUGUAGUGAGACAUCCAUCCUGACCCCACCUCAUCAGCCAGGGAGCUCCCUGAAGACAGGCCAUCGAGAGAGGCACACAACAGGCUGUGGUCUAAAAUAAACUUUUAAUUGCA